UUCAAGCAAACCGCGACCACGAUGAAGCUCGACGUGUCCGGGAUGCGGUAUCUGACGAAGGAGCACUUCAAGGUACUGACGGCGGUGGAAUUGGGCAUGAAGAACCACGAGAUUGUCCCGGUCGAAUUGAUCUCUUCGAUUGCAAAGCUUCGCCAUGGCGGUGUGGCCAAGAUUUUGAGUCACCUGCUGCGCAACAAGCUCAUCGCGCACGACGGAACAACGUACGACGGGUUCAAGCUGACGUAUAUGGGAUACGAUUUCCUCGCGCUCAAGGUGUUUAUGAAGCACGGACAUAUCGCGGGCCUCGGUCGCCAGAUCGGCGUUGGAAAAGAGUCGGAUAUUUACAUGGCUGUGCAGCCGGACGGCACGGAGGUCGCGAUCAAGUUUCAUCGCCUCGGUCGCACCUCGUUCCGUGCUGUCAAGAACAAACGCGAUUACCUCAAGCAUCGCAAGCACGUCAACUGGUUUUACCUGUCCAAGCUGUCGGCGGUCAAGGAGUUUGCCUUCAUGAGCGCCCUGUACGAGCGCGACUUUCCGACCCCAACACCCAUCGACCAAAACCGCCACGCGAUCGUGAUGAGUUUGGUGAAUGGCUUCCCCUUGAACUCGUUUCGGCAGAUGGAAAACGCCAAGGACGCGUACGACACGUGCAUGAAUGUUCUCGUUCGGCUGGCAGAGUGCGGGCUCGUCCACUGCGACUUGAACGAGUUCAACAUCAUGAUUGAUCAGGACGGGAAGAUCACGAUCAUCGAUUUUCCUCAAAUGAUCUCAACCAAGCACCUCAACGCGGAAGAGUUGUUCAACCGGGACGUCCAUGGUCUUGUCAAGUUUUUCUCCCGGCUGCAGAACGGCGCGUAUGUGCCGGACGAAGUGCCUCAACUGAGCGACAUCGUCCGCGACGUGACCGUGAGCUUGGACACAGAAGUUCAAGCCAGCGGGUACACGGAAGCGAUGGCGCAAGAGUUGGAUCAAGUCAUCAUGGAAGGCAUGGAAGAAGGCGGAGACGAUGAAUCGGGCGAUGACAACGGUGAACUCGACGACGACGAAGGUGACGAAGAAGAGAUCGACCCCACGCUGGCCAAGGAACUGCAUGAACGUAUUGAUGCGUUGAAAAACAGACAUGACGAGCCCGCCGCCCCAGGUGGAAGCGGUGGGGACGAAAGCGAUGAAAGCGAUGACGAGAAUGAAGUGGGCGAGGACGAGGUCGAUGGCUGCCACUCGACAGGCCACAUCCCGAACGAACACGUUCGCAAACAGGUCAAGAAGACUCUGACCAAGCAACAACAAAAGGGCGGUACCCGGCGGACGCGAAACUCGUCCAAGCUCAGUAUCAAGGGCAAACUCGUCCACCGUCGCGAUGCGUUGUAAUGAGAGUGCAGGUAGAAUAAAGAUUGAUUGGAUUAGUACUGGUUUGAUGGAGACCUCA